AUGCGGUUCAUCGCCAUUGGUCUCACGCUUUUUGGCGCUGCUCUUGUCAACGGCCAACCAUCCACCCAAUGCAAGACCUUUCCUGGAGACAAGGCAUGGCCUUCUAAGACCGAGUGGGAUAAUUUGAACAGCACCGUGGGUGGACGACUUAUUGCAACUGUUCCGCUUGGUGCGCCAUGCCACGGAGCGUCUUUCAACAAUGCGACUUGCGAGAGCUUGAAGGCGCAAUGGCAAUCCGAGAAGAUUCACUAUGAGUCUUCCUCGUCGGUCAUGGCACCGUUCUUUGCGAACCAGAGCUGUGAUCCCUUCCAGCCACGAGCGCGCCCAUGUGAGCUCGGCAACUAUGUCCGAUACGCAGUCAACGCCUCUGGGCCAGCAGAUGUCCAGAAAGCAAUCGCUUUUGCGGCAUCCAAAAACAUCCGCCUUGUUAUCCGCAACACAGGCCAUGACUAUCUGGGUCGCUCCACAGGCGCUGGCUCACUCGCUGUAUGGACACAUCACCUUAAGAACAUCACUCACGUUCCCGCCUACAGUGACUCAGGGUACAGUGGUGCAGCGUUUAAGCUCGGUGCUGGUGUUCAGGGUUUCGAGAUUAUGGCAGCUGCCCGUGAUAAGGGUCUCGUAGUCGUAGGUGGUGAGUGCCCGACCGUCGGUAUCGCUGGUGGAUACACACAAGGAGGAGGCCACUCGGCGAUCAGCACAAGUUUUGGACUCGCCGCUGACAACGUGUUGAGCUGGGACGUCGUCACAGCCGACGGCAAGCUCGCUGUUGCCAGUAAGGAGCAGAACGCUGAUCUCUACUGGGCCCUGAACGGUGGCGGGGGCAGCACAUACGGUGUUGUUGUCUCGAUAACUGUGAAGGCUCACAAAGAGGCUGUGUUUGGUGGAGCUUCUUUGUCUUUCUUCACCACCGACAACGCCCAGGACGUCUUUUACGAUGCGAUCCAAGCAUUCCACGAAGAACUGCCCGCGAUGGUUGACGCAGGUACUAUGGUGGUGCACUACUUCACCACGUCAUUCUUCAUGAUCUCACCGCUCAACGCUUACAACAAGACUGCGGCUGAAGUCCAGACGAUACUCGCACCGUUCGUUGCCCGACUUGAUGCCAAGAAGGUCAACUACACCGCCGCUUACAGCGAGUUCAACACUUACUACGAGCACUACGACAAGUACUUCGGUCCUCUUCCCCUCGGCAAUAUUCAAGUUGGCAUUGCACAGUACGGAACGCGCCUGGUCCCGCGCAGCAUAGUCGGUAACAUUACUGCGACCUGGAAAUCGAUCGUGGAGAAGGGCGUCACCUGGAUCGGUGUUGGAACAGAUGUGGGGUCGUUCGGCUCGGAGACGACAACUUCAGUGCACCCAGCCUGGAGAAAUGCCAUCGUGCAUGCCACGCUCACACUUCCCUGGAACUUUACGGCUCCAUGGUCCGAGGCUCUGGAGACGCAACAGAAGAUGACUAAUGUCAUUAUGCCCAUUGUCGAGGCCGCAACACCAGGGAGUGGUUCGUACGUCAACGAGGCCGACUUCAACCAGAAGAACUGGCAGACAACGUUCUGGGGUGACAACUACAGCAAACUGCUGAGCAUUAAGCAGAAGUGGGACCCCUCAGGCCUCUUCUACGCUACCGUAGGCGUGGGCAGCGAGGCUUGGGUCGUUCAGAACGAUGGGCGCAUGUGCCAAGCAAAGUAG